CAAUGGUGCGCACUACCUUCACCUCCAUGCUGGAACGGCUUCAUGCCCAAAGCGCCUCCGACUGGAUCUUCCUAGAAGAGAGCCUCACUGAUUUUGGUCCCGAAGCUGACGAGGCGACCGACUACCCCCACCCCAUCAUGGACAAGGCCAUCGAGGACAGCGGUCCACAGGGCUUUCGAGUGCUGACAUACUUCAGCCCACAUGAAUUUGAGACCAUUUGGUCUGUCAUUGAGUCUUCCCUGUCCUCCCGAUGGAACGACGGAAGCGGACGCAAGUCAACGACCGAAGGAUGCCUUCUUUGUUACGAUGGUUAUCUUAAGCACUACCUGACAUGGGAGAAGCACGCCCUCGACUUCGGCAUGAAGGCGCCGACCCUCGAAAAGGUGGUGAUGCGGGUCAUCAACACGGUCCAACCGGUCCUAUAUGAUCACUUUGUCACUAUGCCCAAGCUGCGGAACAAGGCUUGCCUUUUUCGCAACUACCCUUACGCCAAGUACGCCACCAACGAAAAGCUCCAGCCUUCGAACCAUCCGACGGGCCCCUUUGGCGAGCAAAAACACUACUUCAGCAGGAAGCAAAAACUGUACGGUCUCAUGAUUGAGGCAUCGGUCUCACCUGAAGGCCUCUUGGUGGACAUGAGUGCCCACGAGCCAGGGUCCGUGUCAGACAUCACCAUGUUCCGUGACCGCCACGACAUCCAUGCCGCCGCCCUACUCAAGGACGCAGCUGAGUCCAGCAUCAACAACAAUGGAGAGCUCUUCCAAGACUAUCCUGUAUCGUGGGCCGUGCUGAUCGACAAGGGCUACAAUGGCCUGACGGCAUCGGCGCGAGCCAUCCACCCGAAGAAGCGGCCGUCUAAUGGGACUGUUGAUCGCCACGACCUCGAACGCAAUGUCAACGUCUUGUCCGACCGCGUCAUCAAUUACGAUUCCAUCCAACGCCUUACCUUCGUGCUGACCAACUUCCAACUGACGCUCAUGCCUCUGCGCCAGCCAAGACGAUCAGCAUCAGUAUUGCGCAGUCCUGGCACGCUACCGUCGCAUGGUGGAAGAAAACAUCGCCAAGCGUGCAGCCAUCCAGCGUCGCUACACUGUUCGUCGCGCUGA